AUGACCAACGAUGGACCUCUGUCCAAGCGAAAUGUCGCCAACCGACUGUAUAAAAAGUCUCUUCUAAAUGCUGUCUGCUUGGUUGCCGGUGUCUCCAUUUUCUUCUUUGGUUACGACCAAGGUUUAAUGGGCGGCGUGAACACGAAUCGAAACUACGUUGAGUUGAUGGGGUUUGGCUACUACAGUGAAGCAGGAGGCAGUGUCGUGGUUACGAAGCCCCUGCUUCAAGGUAGUAUUGUCGCAGUUUACUAUUUGCCCGGCACUCUAUGUGGGUGCCUUCUUGGCGGUGUUCUGGGUGAUCGUUAUGGCCGCAUCGCCACUAUCGGAAUGGGAUCCAUCUGGUCAAUCAUCGGUGCUUGUCUGCAAUGCUCGGCGCAAAACGCAAAAUGGAUGUAUUGCGCGCGUGUGUUCAACGGAAUAGGUACAGGGGUAUUGAACGCGAUCACUCCAGUUUGGGCCACAGAGACAGCCGGUCACACGUCUCGAGGCCAAUUUGUUUCAGUAGAGUUUACACUCAAUAUUUUCGGGGUAGUUGUUGCUUAUUGGAUUGAAUUUGGAACUUCGAAGUACUAUGACCAGAUGUCAUCUUUUAUCUGGAGAUUCCCUGUCGCCUUCCAGAUAGUACCUCUAUUUGUACUUUCUGUGGUUAUCUGGUUCAUGCCCGAGUCCCCCCGCUGGUUAGUUAAGGUUGAUCGUAAGGAAGAAGCCAGCUUCAUUCUGAAACGAUUGCGUGGAGAAGAAGGCGAGGAGAAGGAACUCGCCGUGGCUGAAUAUAAUGAUAUUGUCAAUGCUGACGAUAUGGAAAAGGAAGCUACUAACAACCAGAGCUAUCUUCACAUGCUUUUUGGCAUUGGGUCGGGCAAACUUCACAUAGCUCGCCGGGUACAGCUUGUAAUUUGGCUUCAAAUUCUGCAAGAAUGGAUUGGUAUUGCCGGCAUCACAAUUUAUGGCCCAACUAUUUUCCAGAUCGCUGGGAUUUCAGCUAAAGACCAACUUUGGGUUUCUGGUCUCAAUGAUAUCACGUACAUGUUCGCGACUCUCAUAUGUGUUUUUACCCUGGACCGUAUCGGUCGACGCUGGACACUUUACUGGGGGGCAGUCGGGCAGGGUAUUUGCAUGUUUGUUGCAGGUGGACUUGCCCGAGCUACCAUUAAUGCUAGCCCUGGCUCUCGCAGUGGCGUCGGGGGUGCGGCCACAUUCUUUGUGUUCCUCUACACUAUGAUUUUUGGUGCCACCUGGUUAACAGUCCCGUGGCUCUACCCUGCUGAGACCUUCCCUUUGCAAGUUCGUGCUCGAGGAAAUGCGUGGGGAGUUGUGGGAUGGUCGAUUGGUAAUGGUUGGACGGUGUUGCUUCUUCCCACCAUAUUCAACAAGCUGAAUGAGAAAACUCUAUACAUCUUCGGGGCGGUCAACUUCCUGAGUAUUCCCAUCGUGUGGGCACUCUAUCCAGAGUCUAACCAGCGCACUUUAGAGGAAAUGGAUCUCGUUUUCGCUAGUGACAGCAUUUGGAACUGGGAGGCAGAAAAGAAUUUUGCCAAACUCAAAGCAGAACACCCGGAGCUGGUUCAAGCAGUGCAGCGUGGGAACAGCGUUGUUGAUCCUGAAAAAGGCAUUGAGAGCUUUGCUUCGGAUGGGGGUCGUAAUUCGCCCGCAAGCCUCGGUAAGAUCAAACAAACCACUGACUAA